AUGGAUGAGAGCACGGAGGAGAGGGAGAGCAACUUGGACGAGAGCGAGGAGGAGAGUUCAGGAGAAUACAGAGAACCACUGGCAACACUACAACACAACAUGAUGCUAGGCACACAGGUGGCAGGUGUGUACAGAGACCUGUGUCUGCAGGUGAUCCAACACAGGUACGAGUGUGAUCUACAGGGAGCUCGACAACAUCUGGAGAGCGAGACAAACUUGUUGUUCGAUGCUAUGAAGACAGAACUGCGGGACAAGAUCAGACGGAGGAUAGUUAGAGGGGGGACCUCACCUCAGAGCGGUGAUAACAGAGGAGUGUCGCAGACAUCUAGACAAACCAAAGUCUCUGCGCUGCAGAAGAGAAACCACAACAACAGAACAGCCUUGAACACAGGCCAGUUUGAGACUUUUAGAUAA